AUGGUUCGCUGCGGUUGCGCGUCCUUCAGAAAGUAUGGAAAUUUCAUCGACAAUCUAAGACUCUUCACCAGAGGAGGAAGUGGUGGAAUGGGUUAUCCUCGAUUAGGUGGAGAAGGUGGGAAAGGUGGCGACGUCUGGGUUGUAGCCCAUAAAAAAAUGACGUUAAAACAACUUAAAGACAAAUAUCCUCAGAAACGGUUUGUGGCUGGAGUAGGAGCAAACAGUCGGGUUAGUGCACUGAAAGGCUCCAAAGGAAAAGACUGUGAAAUUCCUGUACCUGUAGGAAUUUCAAUAACUGAUGAAAAUGGCAAAAUUAUAGGAGAGCUCAAUAAAGAGGAAGAUAAAAUUUUGGUAGCUGAAGGAGGUCUUGGUGGUAAAUUACUUACAAAUUUCUUACCAUUGAAAGGCCAGAAACGAAUAAUUCACCUUGAUCUCAAACUUAUAGCUGAUGUCAGCCUAGUAGGGUUCCCAAAUGCUGGAAAAUCCUCUUUACUAAGUCGUAUUUCUCAUGCAAAACCUGCAGUUGCAGAUUAUGCAUUUACAACACUAAAGCCUGAACUUGGAAAGAUCAUGUACAAAGAUUUCAAACAGAUAUCAGUAGCUGAUCUUCCAGGUUUAAUAGAAGGAGCACAUAUGAACAAAGGAAUGGGCCACAAAUUCCUCAAGCAUAUAGAAAGAACUAGACAACUACUUUUUGUUGUUGAUAUUUCUGGAUUUCAGCUUUCUUCUCAAACUCGAUACAGAACUGCUUUUGAAACAAUAAUACUGCUUACAAAAGAGUUGGAGUUGUACAAAGAGGAACUUCAGACAAAACCUGCACUCCUGGCAGUCAAUAAAAUGGACUUGCCAAAUGCCCAAGAUAAAUUUCAUGAAUUGAUGAACCAACUCAAGAAUCCUAAAGAUUUUCUGCAUUUAUUUGAAAAAAACAUGAUUCCAGAGAGGACUGUGGAGUUCCAGCAUAUUAUCCCCAUAUCUGCACUUUCUGGAGAAGGAAUUGAAGAAUUAAAGAACUGCAUCAGAAAAUCACUGGAUGAACAUGCCAACCAGGAAAAUGAUGCAUAUCAUAAGAAACAGUUGCAUAAUUUACAGAUUUCCAAUACACUGUCUUAUAGUGAACCAUCAUCAGAGUGCACUGUUACUAGUUCCAGAAUGAAUAUAAUUUAAGUCUAUUAAAAGUAAUAUUGAUGGAAUACUAUUUAGCCUUAAAAAGAAGAAAAUUCUGAAAUUUGGGACUACAUAUGGGAAACUGGAGGACAUCGUUAAAUGAAAUAAACCUGGCACAGAAAGACA